CCAAACAAGUUUAAUCACUCUUUGAUCCUAAAGGUCGUAGUUUCGUUUUCCAAGAAACCACUGAGGGAGGGGGGGAGAGAGAGAGAAACACAAGUACGACAUACUUUGAUCUGGAAGGAAAGGUGAAGAAAGGAGACACAACGAGUCAGUGGUUCACAGUGUGGUUUGACCUGUGCAUCCAGCUACUUCUCACACUACAGCAUAAUGGGUUUGACCUCAACAGAAGAAUGCAGCUCUCCAGUUGUCAGUGACCUGAGGAUUGUCCUGCUGGGGAAGACAGGGUCAGGAAAGAGUGCAACAGGGAACACCAUCCUGGGACAAAGAGCUUUCCCCUCAGAGAUUUCUCCUUCUUCUGUGACAAAGAAAUGUGAAAGUAAAAAAGGCCACUUUAAUGAAAGAACUGUGACUGUGGUGGACACGCCGGGAGUCUUCGACACAGCGAUUGAAGAAGGCAAUUUGAGAAAGGAAAUGGAGGAAUGCAUGUUGCUGUCUGAACCAGGACCUCAUGUCUUCCUGCUCGUGAUCAGACUGGAUGUACGCUUUACUGAAGAGGAGAAGGAGACCGUCAAGUGGAUCAAGGACAACUUUGGUGAGGAAGUCUCCAAUCACACUCUGGUGCUCUUCACGAGGGGAGACAUGAUCAAAGAGAACAUUGAGGAUCAUUUGGACAAAAGUUCUGAACUCAAGGACUUAAUCAGUGGCUUUAAAGAAAGGUGCGCCGUGUUUGACAACACAUGUAUGGAAAAUCGCUCUCAGGUGGCUGAUCUGUUCGAAGAGAUCGACAAGAUAGUGCACGUCAAUGGUCUCCAUUAUACCACAAGCAUGUACCAAGAGGCCCAGAGGAAGAGGAUCUCCAGGGAACGUUGGAGCAGGUUGGCAGGCUACGUGAACACUGCCAGUAACUACCUGAUUGUGGCAGCAGCCUCUCCUGUAGCUGGUCCUGCUGCAGCUGGUGCUGCUGUGCUGGCGGAGGAAGCAGCCAUAAAAACGGCUUCAAUCUUAGCGGCUGCAGGGAUUACUAAAGGCAUCGGAUGGUGGAUGAAACCUAAAACAAAACAAUGAGGUCAUUCCAUUGAUCGCCUUCUUUGCUCCAUGGAAUGUAUAUUUGACUUUUUCAAGCUAAAUUCUAUUGCAUUCCUGUAAAUAUGUACAUGUAAAAUAUAUGAAAAUACUAUAAUACCACAUAACACAAUCCUUUAUCAGGUGUGUUUCAUGCAGAAGGUUUCGUCAACAUCAUUGUACUUUCUGUCCAGUGAACAAUUCCAAGGGCUUCCAAAAUGCUUUCAUGAUGACUCAAAAGUUCCUUUAAGCAGAGUAAACAUACUGAUCACAGUUUAUUUCAGAAACAGAACCUCAGCCAACAACUGGUUCUUCAGGAACACAAGCGUCACAUCGGAAAAGUCCUUUGCUCGUGCUUACUUCUAUUGUAUCCAGUGUUGCCACAGUUACAUGGAAAAGGUCAUCAGAUUACUGAAUACUGAUUACUCCAUUAAAAAGUAAGAUAGUCAAAGUAACCAUGUUAGAUUAAAAGUUACUUUAUUAGUUACUUCAAAUAAAACAUUGUAUUGACUACACAAAAAAUCUGAUUUUGUCGAUUAAAUGCCAAGAAAGGUGCUGCUUUUGUUUUAAUGUAAUCUUUUAAAAAAAAGUUUUUUUGCUCAAAAAAAUGUGUAUUGUUCUGUUUGAUAUUCAUUAUUUGCAUUAUUAGUUCACUCCCACUAAAACCAUGGUUAUUUGCAAUGUUACUAGUUAUAUUACUCAUAUUGUAUGGGAGAACGCACAUCGGUGUGUGUGUGUAUGGGUUUGUGUGUAUACUUUGUGAGUUUAUUAUAGUUUGAGUUGUACUUUCUCUCUAUUUUUUUCCAACGUAUUCUUUUUGAUUUUAUACCUAUUUUCCCAAAUUCAUCCUAAUUCAAUUACUUUGUUUCAUUUACACAAUCAAUCUGUGUGCAAUGUUGAUGGUGGCAAUUCAUUGCACAUUUCUGUAUUGUGUAAUGGUGAUAGAAUGACCCUUGAACUGUGAGGAUUAAUAAAAGCGACACAUGAGUAGAAAG